AUGCAAUUGGCUUUGAUCUCAAUUUUCCUCUGUUUUCUUACUAUUUCCAUCCAACUGGCUGUCCCGCCCUGCUUGCCUGAGAGGUAUAACUAUCGUAGCUACUACCCGUGCCUCGAUCAGGAUUCGGCCGAGCGAGCAGCCGAAGUCGAUGACUUUACAACGUCGCUAAGCGGUGCGCCAUCCCGGUUCGCCCGCACCGGAUAUUAUGAUCGAUUGUUCAAGGCUGGGAAUACCUGGAGCGGCGACUUAUACAGCAUUCCUACUUAUGGCUUCAACCCCAACUACAAGAAGGACGGACCGUACCGCGUG